AAAGAGGGGCGAGAAAGAGAGAGAUAGAGAAAGAUAGAGAGAGAGAGGGUUUGAAGAGAGUAAUCGACAGUGGAUCCGCGUUAGCUACCGAGGAUGAAAGGCAGCAGCAUCCGCGAAGCUCGUGGUGCACAGAAAUACAUCGCGCUUACAUUUCUAUUCGACGACGUAGACGAGAAUGAGAACAUGGACAUCGACGUGAAGUGAUGCUGCGCGACGAUCGAUGACACGCUCAUGACAGUGAGUUUGAGUGAUCCGCGAAUUCGAUCGUAUAAAGCGAGAAGUGAUAAGCCGAUUAAAUCCUGUGAAUAGUGGAUUCUGUAAACGAUUAUAACGAUCGAUUGAGUCUCGGGAGAUCUCACGAUUGAUCUUGCGCUCCGAUCGAUUUUAAGCUACGACGAUGGACCGAAGUACGUGCGAACGAUAAUUCCGGUCAACGAUAAUAGGUUUAAUAAUUCUGAUAUUUCUCUGUUGAAUCGAUGAUGAAAUCAUCGCGCGUGUCGUGAUUCUCCUCGGAUGCAGCAGAACGGUGGUGGUGGCGGCAGCGAGCCGGUUACGGGGAUGCCGAGGGAAUGCGAGAAUACCGCGAGAUGACGUUCUCCAUCGCGCUCGUCGUUCACUGACACGAUCCCAACCGGAUAACGAAGACGAUUGGCAGGAUGCUGCCGCGCGGGCUGCCGCUGAUCGUCCUCUUCCUCGUGCAGCUGCGUCAUCGUGUCAUCUGGGCUUCUCUAGAGAGUGCCGAGAUGUCCGAUAGAUUGGAGAACGUUACGCAGACAAUUUCGAGGAUACUCGACGGCUACGAUAUUCGAUUAAGGCCGAACUUUGGCGGUGAUCCAUUACGAGUUGGGAUGGAUCUCACCAUUGCGAGUUUUGAUGCAAUUUCAGAAGUCAAUAUGGAUUAUACGAUAACGAUGUACUUAAAUCAAUAUUGGAAAGACGAGAGACUCGCCUUUUCGCACGAGGGUGAAAUCCUGACGCUAAGUGGCGAUUUCGCGGAAAAGAUUUGGGUCCCGGAUACGUUUUUUGCCAAUGAUAAAAAUAGUUUUCUGCACGACGUCACUGAGCGCAACAAACUCGUUAGAUUAUCUGGUGACGGCUCGAUCACAUACGGCAUGAGAUUCACAACGACCCUGGCUUGCAUGAUGGACUUGCAUUACUAUCCCCUCGAUUCACAAAAUUGUACAGUUGAAAUCGAAAGCUAUGGAUAUACGGUGCUCGACGUAUUAAUGUAUUGGAAGGAAACUCCCGUUCAUGGAGUCAAGGAGGCGGAAUUGCCGCAAUUUACGAUUAUCGGCUAUGAGACGAACGAUCGAAAGGAGAAGCUGGCGACUGGCAUCUACCAGAGGCUCUCGUUAAGCUUCAAACUUCAGAGAAACAUCGGAUAUUUUGUUUUUCAAACGUACCUGCCGAGUAUACUAAUCGUGAUGCUUAGCUGGGUCAGUUUCUGGAUCAAUUAUGAAGCCACCAGUGCGAGAGUAGCUCUCGGCAUCACGACCGUACUAACGAUGACAACUAUAUCGACAGGUGUUAGAAGCUCACUGCCACGGAUCAGUUACGUAAAAGCUAUUGACAUCUACCUGGUGAUGUGCUUCGUUUUCGUGUUCGCGGCCUUGCUGGAAUAUGCGGCGGUCAAUUAUACGUAUUGGGGCGCCAGAGCGAAGAAGAAGACUAAAAAGAAAGAAAUCGAUGAGAAGAAAAUACUAUCUUCUAAAACAGGGAGCAAAGUCAGUUCGCCUUUUCCUGGCUCCACAGACGCGGAUAUUAUAGAGCUUCAGGACCUUAGAAUGUCACCUUUGCCGAGCAUUAGAAAUAGGUCAGGCAUAGUCAGCGCUUCAUCGACUUUGGGAGCUGGAAGAGACCAUGACCCGGCCAAAUUUCCGCCGAGUUUUCGUAUGUCCAGGACUGCCACUUACAAUACGCAUAGUCGAAACAGCGGUCUUAGAUACAGAGGUCCAAGACCGCACAAGCCAAAGAUGUUACAUGCUCUACGUAGAGGAGCUUCCGUGUUACGUGUGUCAAUGCCGAAGAUCAAGGAUGUGAACGUGAUAGACAAAUACUCGCGAAUCAUCUUCCCAGUCAGCUUCAUGCUGUUUAACGCCGUGUACUGGAUCUUCUACUUCUUCUGAGCGGUGAACGGAUGUUAAAAACUGAAUCCCGCUCGGCCUCGUAUACGCCUAAAAAGGACCAAUCGAUUCUGGAGGAUCCUUUCAAAUCUUCUUUACCAUGACCAUCGAACUAUGUGCAAUAUUUUUCACGGGGAUGAAGGUCCACCGAAUACUAGCAGGUGAUGAAAGUACUGAAUCGAAAGUACUGCCACGAAACAUUUAUCGAUAAAAGUAGAACGGGGGACUCGUGUGUGCCAACAGAGAUUUAUGAGAUUUUCGUUAAUUAGAAAGUAUAUCAUA